AUGGCACCAGUUCUGCAGCGGGAGACCUAUUUCGAUGUGACGCUGCCACAUCAAGGCCCUCAUCCCCAGCAGCGGCAACGCCUCUGUUGCAAAGCGCCCAAGCAUGAGGAGCUCUUGACAUUUUCCCUGGCAGCGCAUCAGGAUGCUCUGGCGCAGCGGCAGGUGGAUCCCAGCAGUGUGGUCUUGCGCUUCCGGGAUCAGGAGAAUCAGCUUUUCACCAUCCACGAUCAACUCGCUUUGGACCGUGCCAUGGAGGAGGCUCGAGAUUCUGAGGGCGUGGUGCAGUUGGAUUUCUUGCUGCAGGUGGCACCAGCGGCGCGGCAACAACGGAAGUGUCGAAGCUGUCAGCAGCUGUUCACCUCGCGAAAUCAAUUGUUUCUCCAUCUGAAAGUCAGUGGGCAUGGUGACGAUAGUCAGGAGGAUGAAGAAAAGCCUGCGGCUUCAAGCUUGGGCAAUGAAACCUUCCGCCGCUACUACAGCGAGCAAGGCAUCGCCCCUGAGACCCUGUGGCAAAGCGCUUACGAGGUGCUGAAAACGCCGCUGCCAUUGGUUCUACGGGCCACGGGUCAUCCGCUCGCCGCGGAGUGUGAGCAGCGACUCGCUGAGAUGACUGAGCUGUGUCCGUUGCCACUCUUCAGUCAUACCUGGAUGGUGCCAGCGUUGAACGAUGAGGUGAAAUCCUACUUGGCGGCCGGACAGGAAGUCGGCCUCUGGCAUCGCCAGGAAUGGGCCAGCAUGUUGCCGGUCUUGGCACUGGACCUUCAACCGGAGGACAAGGUCUUGGACCUUUGCGCAUCGCCAGGUUCCAAGACACUGCAGAUGCUGGAGACGCAGCUCUCCCAUGGGGCUGGAGGUCUCUUGGUGGCCAACGACGUGUCGCGUCCCCGCGCGCUGGUGGUGGCGCAACGCAGUCGCCGGCGACCGCGGGAGACGCUGCUGGUCACCAGCUGCGAUGGUCGGGACUUCCCAGCGCUGAAGACCUGGAAUAAUCGGAAGGUGAAGUUCCAGAAAGUCCUGGUGGACGCGCCCUGCAGUGGCGACGGCACGCUGCGGAAGAGCUGCGCUGGCUGGGUGCACUGGCGCGCCGGCGAGGGAAAGGCGCUGCAUAAGCUGCAGCUAGGCCUGCUACGCCGUGGUUUCGAAUGUCUGGAGGUUGGCGGCACGCUGGUCUACUCCACCUGUUCUUUGAACCCGCUGGAGAACGAAGCGGUGGUCCAAGCGCUCCUGGCGGAUCCAUCAGCGGAGCUGCUGUGUUGGGAUCCUUUGAACAGCGACUGCUUCCAGGAGGGUUUGACGACGUGGAAAGUUCCUGAUGAGCACUUUGAAGAGAAUGGAUGCUGGAUGUCAAAACCCCAAGGGUCUGACAGGAAGACCCAGGUCACACUGUUCCCCUCGGAUCCGCCCCUGGCGGUGCUGAAGCGCUGUCGACGUUUGCUUCCCGCGACCACGGAGGCGCACCACGGCGGUUUCUUUGUGGCGAAACUGCGAAAGACGAGGAAACCUCCUCCAGAGCGAAGGGAGGGGCUGGAGGGCACCGAAGAUGUGAAGGAAACGCAUCAACCGAAGCAGAGGCAGCUGGUGCGCAGCCUCUUCAAGGUGGUUCCAGAUGAGAGAUGGGAAGCCCUUGAGGCCUACUGGGCCUUCUCUGCGGACUUCCCAAAGCAGCUCUUUCGCUUGAACAAGUUGAACCAACUGAUCUUGGCUAGCAGGUCAUUGGCAAACUGCUUCCUGCCGAUGAAGGUGGAUCUGCCCAUCCUCGAAGCUGGUCUGGCGAUCUUCCCAGCGUCCAGCUGCCGACCCUUCGAUGAAGCGGUGCCAUUUCUGGCCCGCUAUACAUCGAGGAAGCGCUCUUUGUCGCUGGAGCAAUUCCUGGAGAUGCUGCGGAAGGUGCAGUGCUGUGGUGCAGUGCGAGGAUGGGAAGCCAAGGAUAGCUUCAUGAUAUGCAUCGCAAGCAUCCCAAGCUCCACCACCAUGGUGGUGGUCGGUCCGCCCAGAUCUUCUGCCUGGAUGCAGACGGAGUCGCUGCCAGGGAGCCCAACUUUGAAGACAUAUUGGCCUCGAAGCAGUUCCAUGGCACUGGAAAAUCAUGAGUUUCAAGCGUCCCAAGACUUCGACUUGGGGUAA